UAAAACCUAAAGUGUAAACCGAACAUUAAACAUGAAAAUUAGAACCGGAUGCGUUUGCCAGCUCAGGUAAAUACGACGCCGUGAACGUUAGCGGCGGCGCGAGGUGUGAAGGGCGUAUAGGAAGGGGGUUUAGCAUUUUGCAGAGCGAUAAGCUAGGGUUUUAGGCAACGAGGAAGAUGAAGCCGGUGGUCGGAACGGUGGUGUCGAAUAAGAUGCAGAAGUCGGUAGUGGUGGCCGUUGACCGCCUCUUCCACAACAAGACGUACAAUCGCUACAUCAAGCGCACCUCCAAGUUCAUGGCUCACGAUGAGAACAACGAGUGCAACAUCGGCGAUCGGGUCAAAUUGGAUCCUUCUAGACCACUGAGCAAGCAUAAGAACUGGGUUGUUGGGGAAAUUUUGAAGAGAGCGAGAAUUUAUGUGCCCCCAUCUGCAGCAGAAGCCUUGGCAGAGGCUAACACAAAGAUUGAAGUAUCUGCUAGUGCUGUUUCAAAGAGAAAAUUAGCUCCGUCAUCAACCUAAUUAGGUCUGCCUAGAGCAUGCUGUGUAGUGCUAGUUUCUGAUGCUUUUGACCUCUGAUUAAACUCGGGUUUUCAACUCUUUCACUUGGUUUCUGGGUGAUAACUUUCUUUUUCAUGUUAUUUUCUGAAAAUCGGGAACUUCUAUGUUAGAAUAUGUUCUUUCACUGGUGCAUAUCAUUAGCCAUUUGCCAAUCUGUGAUCUCUCUAAGUGUUUUAUGCUAGUUGUCAUGUGAAUCAUAAGACUCGGAUUACCACUUUGAAAAACAAGUUUUAUGCUGCUCAAGGUACUAUGGAGUUGAUCUUUCUGAAGCUUUUUGGGAGUUUCCCUCUGCGGUCAUUCAUCUUCACUAUUAUCAGAAUGUUGACAAUUAUAUUAUUAAUGCAAGAAUGAAAAAACAAUCCCUACAAAUGGUAGGCAAGGGGGAAAAUGCUAAUGAAGUUAUUCAUAUUACCUCAGGAAAUCAAUUUGAUUAGAGCUUUUAAAAAAACUCAAAUGUAUUUAUAUUUCUUAGUCUGUAUAUGAUCGAAAUAGGUAAAUCAAUAUAGUUUAAACAAAUAUCUGAAAUUGAUUUAGCGAGUUUGUACAAUUUACCCCCCAACGUUUUCUUCAUUCCAAAUCCCCAAUCUAUUUUCAUCCCAGUUUCCUUUUCUUAGUGUAUUCUAGGUUCCACAUUAUGCAGGAAUCAAGCACACUUAGACACAUCGUAAAAUUUAUGAUUUGGCUUAACCUUUCACUUGGAUUCUAUAAGUUGGCAUAUAUGAUUAAGAAGAAAGCUCUAUUAACUCAAGUGUGCUGCAUUCUUUGUGAUCCCAAUAAUGAGAAAUCUUUGUUUGUGUUAUGGAUUGUUGAAAUGCAUUUGUAGGAGGUUCUGUCUUGGUCUGCUAUUUGUGUCUACAAUGAAAAUGAAUCCUCUGGGAGUCAAUUUAUAUUGUCCUUUUUGCCAGGUAUACAGUAGAUGCAGGCACGUGGCAUCGUUCAAAGAGCCGCACUAUUGCACCAAAUAUUGGAAGAUUCAAAGAGCUAUCUUCUCUUGGGCAUGAAUAUAAAGUCCCAAAGUUAAAUUCCUUGACGAGAAAUGGAUUUUUUUGUUUACAGUUAUAUUUGAAUUUGAAGUAGUUGCAAUAAUAUUCAUUGGAUAUUACACAUCUUUUUGGUUCCCAUAAAUACUUUGUAUUGUGUUCAAAUAUGCAUCCAUGGAGUAGUUACUUUAUCUUUGGAUGUUUUUGUGGAAAGUACAAAAUGAGAGUAUUAAGAAUGGGGGAAUGCCAUGGAGUAAUUUAGGUUUGGUAUAUAUAGGGAAAACUUUUGAGGUUGAAAUCAUGAAACAUGUGCUAAAAAUGUUUCUAGGUAUCUGAAAUACCUCCAGCUUGAUAUGUUUCUGGUUACUUUCUCAAUUAGAUCAUUUGUAUUUUAUAUACACGGUAUUUUAUUGGGUUUUCAACUAAAACGAAUAUAUGAAAGGUAAGAGAUCAAAUACAAACCAUGCUUAAAAUACUAACCUACAAACUCAAUAAUAUGCAACACUUUGAACUUCAAUAUGCAGUACAAAUAAUGUAAAGAUGCACACUGUGAAUUUCAAUAUGCAUUACAAAUAAUAUGCAACACUUUGAACUUUAAUAUGCAGUACAAAUAAUAUGC